GCGCAUCGGUGCAUGCGGAACGAACGCAUCGUCUCCAAGAGAACGCACGCAGCGUACUCGAUCAAACCCUAAAUCUUUCCUACCCUGACUCUUGUACACGCGCGCGUAAGUGCACGUAUAUAUAUAGGGCCCGGCCGGCCAUGGCGCCGGCUGUCGUGCCCGUCGAACACGGCGGCGGCGGCGACGGAGGAGGUGGAGGCGGAGCGGAGGAGAGGGCGGCGGGGCGGAGCUGCCACGUCGCGUGGCUGGCGUGGUGGGAGCGACAGGUCCGGUGCCUCGUCGCCUCCACGCUCCUGCUGCGGUGCCAGUGCCACGCCGCGCUCGGCAGCCUCUCCCGGCCGGCCGGUGGUGCGCCCGCCGCCGUCGUCCGCGGCACGUUCUUCCUCCCCUCCGCCGGCGACCGCCGCGUCCGCCUCUUCCUGCACGAGCACUCGGCGGCGCCCUCGCCCUCGCCGGAGCGCCCCGCGCAGACGAUCCUCGUCCUUGACCUCCCCGCCGGUCUCGCCGGCGCGGACAUUGCCGCGGCGGGGAGGAUCGUGCUCGAGUGCCAGAGGCAAUGGAGCGGCGCCGUCGACGACUGCCGCGGCGGCGGAGCCGGCUCCCUCCUCGACUCGCCGAAGUGGCUGGUGUACUGCAACGGCCGGCGCGUGGGGUUCGCGGCGAGGCGGGAGGCGCCGUCGGAUGCGGAGGGGUGGGUCCUCGAGAAGCUGUGGGCCGUCACCGCCGGAGCCGGGCGGCUUCCCGGCGGCGCCGGGGUGGAGUACCUUCGCGGGAGGUUCGAGAGAACCGUUGCGUCGUCGGAUGCGGAGUCGUUUCACCUCGUUGACCCCAUCGGAUGGCUGGGAUUCAACGGCAAUGACGGCCUCAGCAUCUUCUUCCAUAGGAUAUGAUCAGUUCGUUUCUUGUUUAAGUUUUUAGUUGUAUCUGAUCUAUCGAUCGAGAGAUUAUCGAUUUGCUCCAUUACUCUCUUCCAAAAUCUAUAUUGGUUUCUCCUAUAAAACUAACAUAGCAACGUCUAUGCUACCGAAUUAAUUUUACUAAA